CGAGAUUUUGCCGUCAUGAAGCUCGCCCUCACCGCUGCCCUUCUCUCAGUUGCGGAGGCUCUGGUCUCCUCGCCCGCGCUGCGCCCGGCGCAGAGCAAGCUCGCUGCCUCCAAGCUCGCGCCGACCAUGUCUAUGGAGACGACCGCGCUCGCCUCCAUCUCUGAGUCGCUCGCCGGCGUCGUUGCGGUCGACGGCGGCACCAUUGGCCUGGACGUGUCGUUCGGCGCCUUCCUGGCGACCAUCCUGGGCCUCUUCAUCCCGGUGGUCUUCCUCGUCACCCUGUACAUCCAGUCCGAGGCGCAGGGCACCGCGACCACUUUCCGCGACCCCGACUCGCGCGGCGGCAAGCGCUUUGAUGCUUGAGUGUCACGGGCGCGGGGUAGGAGGUGUUGCGUGGCGCGCCGGCGGCGGGGGGCGUGGGGGGGGGGCGACCGGAAAGCACAGUUCCGGCGCCCCGCCCCCUGAGAGCGGCGAACUGCAGGCGCAGCAGGGCACCGGCGCGGGCGGGCGCGCGCGGGGCGUGCACGUGCACUGCUGUUGAGGGCUAGAGCGGGCGUUCGCCUGGCCUUCCUCAGCAGUGCCACCACGACCCGCGUUCGUCUGCGGCUUCUACGCUUGUGGUGGGUGGGUUGGGAGGGGUCUCUUUCGCGCCGCGCGCCGGCGCGUGGAGAAGCCCCCCCCAGGCGCCUGCGUCAUGCUGUCGAAUUCUGCCCUGCUGCGCGGUCUGUCUCUCGGCGUUCUUGAUAUGUGAUUUUGACCAGAACAAA